AUGUCACAAAUGCUACCGUUUGUUGAAGACACAAGCGGCCAAAGAUUAAAGAGAUAUAAGGACUUUGACUCCAGGCCAAGGGAGAGCGAAACACCUCAACAAAGUGAGAGCAACACCAGCAAGGAUCAUCCAAGCAUAGUGUCAUUAUCGUUUGACCAAGUCAACAACGACACCGAUGAGCUCAUUGGUCUACGUGGCGAAGGCCGUUAUUUCGGAGUCACAGACCCCGAUGAUGCCAAGAGCGACGCGGGCUCGGGACCUUUAUGCGACAACUGUCAUAAACGCGGCCAUAAACGUGCCAAUUGUAAAGUUGUAAUUUGUCAUAAAUGCGGUAAAGUUGGAGAUCACUACGAAACACACUGCCCGACUACGCUAAUAUGCUUGCGAUGCGGAGAAAGGGGCCAUUACGUGGCUGAUUGCAAGAGCAAAACUCGCAAAAAGCAAUAUUGCCGAACUUGCGACUCUUUCCAGCACGGCGACGAAAACUGUCCUACGAUAUGGCGGUCGUAUUUGACGAUUGGAAGUUCAAAUAAUAGCAAUAACAACAACAAGAAUGAAUCAAAGCUGCUGCUACCUAACAUUUACUGCUACAACUGUGCCCUGAGCCAGCAUUACGGAGACGAGUGCCCUCAACAGAGAAGUUCGCGGGUUCCCAAUUUGGGGAGUGCCUUCAGUGGGAAUAACUUGCCAAAGCAGUUGAGGUCGCUAUAUUUCUCUAGCUUGAGGAAGAGUUACAGUAAUCAUACCGACGAAGAUUACGAUCCACUGCGGAGUAGCCGGAAUUUUGCUCUGUUUGGCGGUUACUCGGUGCAAGCAAACAACGGUGCUUCUUCUCAGGGAAUGUCUGGCUCUGGCGGUGGCAGCAGAAACUAUUCUUCAAAGUACCAAAGCAGUUACAAGCCUCUCAACUAUACAUCAAACAACUAUGGAAGUGCGGACCCCCGAGGUAGCUCCUUUGGUAAUGGGAGAGGAGGCUAUGACAACCAAUCCUAUAGUGGAACCAAUUCUGGCAGCCAAGGCCAAAGUCAAAGCCAAAGUCAAAGUUACAGCAAUGGCAACAACCUGCGUGUUAUUCAAAGCACAAGGUCAGGCUCGCUCAAGAGUAAGAACAGGAAUCCUCUGCCUGGGCCUGGCAAGAUUACCAAGCCCACGAGGUCGGGUUUGAUUGACAGAAGCAAGAAAGCCAAGAAGGGCAAACAUAUUCGCUAUUAG